AAUUCAAACCAACUCAUCCUCGUUCAGUAUGUCUCUACCUCCCUAUUCACUUCUCGUUCCCAUUCUUGGAGACACAGAUACUGUACAUAUACAGCUGGGAGUGUAUGUUUGUGUGAGUAAAGUACCCUAGUAAAAUUGUGUGAAAUGGGCCGAAAGGACAAAGGCCUCGCGCGCCUCGCCAUUUCCGCAGGCAAAAGCAUCCGCACCUUCGUCUCGCACGUCGCAAACAGCAUCGACUCAGACUCAGAUGACUCCGACGACGAGCACGCUCAGGCUGUCCGCCGGCUCGUGCCCAACGAGGAUAUCGAGGCUGGGUCCAGCAGCAAGAACGGUAAACAUGGGGGCAGGCAAAAGCCCAAAGGGCCGAGUUUGCCGACCGCCGCGGCUAAGCAUAAGGCUAUGAAGGCGAGUGAUGCGUAUGAGAGGAGCAUAAGGCCGGAAUUGCCCCCUCGCUCGUUCUUGGGCAGAGGGUCGGGGUCUGGGACGGAGUCCGGGCCGCCGUCGCCGUCGGCAUCGUCAUGGAGGCCGCAGCGGAAUGAGACGAAGAAGGCCUCGCGUUUUCGAUAUCAGUAUUCGGACGACGAUGAGGAAGAUGCUGGGUACGGACAACAGCAGGAUGAUCGCGGAACGUCGGCAAUGUCGCCGAGACUACCGCCCCGCCCCGGAGAGCCCAUGGGCAAGAACGCGAGCUUGCCGUCCCAUCUUCGGUCAAAUCCAAGCAACAUCGUGUCGUCCACGGACACGUUAUUCUCCGAAUCCGAAGUCCCAGCCGCUCUCCGUGCCAAAUCGUCCAACCCCAACUUGAAUGAUCAAUGGCGAUACCAGGCACCUCGGACGACGUAUGGCACGCUCAACAGACCGUACAAGUACGCCGCUGUCCGAACUGGGAGGCUGGACGAUGAUGAAGGCGCGGACGAGGAAUGGGAUGACGGGCACGGGAACGAUGAUGAAGAGGAGGAUGGGGCCGAUGGAAGCAACGGCGGGUGGAAGGGGAAGGCCAACGGGCUACUGGCACAACUGGCGGCUGUCUCUGAAUCUGCACAUCAGGCUGUUGGGAAACUUGUGGGAAGGGGCGAGAGGUUGACUGAUAUGGCUGAGAAGACAGCACGCCUGGAAACAGCAAGUGCUCUCUUCAAGCGUCGCACACGGCGGGUGGAGAGCGACCGAUGGUUUGCGUUGCAUAGGACGAACAUGUAUAUGUGGUGUGGCAUCAUCUUCGCCACCGUCAUCUUUCUGGCCAUGCUUUCGGUGAUUUUCAAUUUCUUGGCAACACAUCGUCCUCCUCCUGCUCCCGCGCCAGCCCCUGUGCCGCCUCCGGCUGUGCCUCCACCGGCAGUACCGCCUCCUCCGGUCCCACCACCAACUGUUCCUCCACCGGCCGUUCCGCCACCAGCAGUUCCACCCCCGUCGAUUCCAGCGCCGUCUCUACCUGCUCCACCAUCACCAUCAGGAGCGCCGAUCGAAGCGCCCCCGGUUCCACCGCCAUCGCUUACGCCGUCUCCUAUUGUGCAGCCUCCUACAGAUGUCCCUCCACCCGUGCCGACUCCAUCAGUUCCGCAGGCUCCUACCUGAGACGUAGAAUUCUGUAGGAAGAUAGCUUAGAGGAUGCAGAGUCUGACGCAAAUAGUGCAUGUGGCAAAGGGCAUUUAUAUAGAGAGACUAACGCGACCUGGUAGAGACGUAUGUAGCUUGGUGUAGUGCAAGUAUUUUCAUGUGGUUGCUCACGUUGGGACCCGCCCCUUCCUGCUGCGGUGCCUGUUUGAAGGAUGUCGGCUGUCUGUCCAGGCUUGCUUUGC